AUGUCUUCAGGCGCGGUGAUGAGGGCGGCCAGGACUCAGAAGGUGUCACCAAAAGGAGAGGGCGAAGAGGGGCAGGCGGCGGUGGCCUCGGCGCCAACACCCCCCGCAAGAGUGGCAGAGUUGGUGGGCUCAGCGGGGAACUCCCGGCUCGCAUCGAAGUCUUUUUUGAGCCGUCAAAAGGCCGCCUUGGAGAAGCAUGUGGACUCGGCGGGCCUCAAUUCGCCGGGGAUCGGGGCGAAGUCCUUAACCCGGCAAACCAGCAGCGUAAGUGACGUUCGAGACCUCGGCAAGAGCGUGCCGGCGGCGGCGGCGGCGGUGGUGGUGGCGCAGAAUGUGCACCGGACACGGCGUGCCACCGCGGAGGGGGCAUCGAUGAAUCAUUCCACCUCCCCGACGGAAUGCGUCCUGUCGUCUGCGUCAUGGCGGCACAACCCGUAUGGAGUGCCUCCACCCUCACCCAUGACAGAUUCAGCUAGCACGACCCGCCACGAAAGUCCGCGAUUAAGCAUUCGCUCUAGAGCAGAGAGCACAAUUAUAAAUGACAUUGCAGAUUACUCCACCGCCAAUGACGACGUCAUGGAGUUCCCAUCCAUUAAGGUAUGCACGCGCAAUGGCAUCAGUUUGACUGGAAAUGGAGCUAUUGGACGUCGAAGGAGUUCUUGUGUGAACAACUCAGAUGUCUCUGGUCGCCAAUUUUCAUUUGGAGAGGGUGGAGGGCGAUGCGAGCCUGAAGAGAACAUGUAUCGAUCUCGUUCUUCUGCAACGCCUGGGUGUGAUGAUCCUUUAAUAGAGCUUCAACAGCAGCAGUCAUGUCCUUAUUAUCAUUCUUGUAUGCCAAGCUGUAGUCAGACCCAUCUGCACAGCAGGCAACAUGGGUUAAGGCGUAGUCGAGCGAAUAGUGUACAGUCUCAUAGAAGGAUUUCUGGAAUACGACACACAUCUGAGGCUCAUGUGUUGCCUAGUCUUUCAACGUCGUUUUCAAGUUUACAGCUAAAUCAUUAUUACCACGAUUUACACCAGUCAUCACACGUUUUUGAUGCGCACCCUCGUACCUAUUCACUCCAGUCGGCUGUGUCAUCUCCCAUGAUGAAUGGAAGUUUCAGUGGGGUGCAUGAUCUGCUUGGACUCUCCCGCUCGCCCAUUGGCCACAACGUCAUCUCACCCGAAGAAAGCGCCGCAAGCCGACCCUUGUACAGUUUUGAAGCUGAAAGUCUUGCUUCCCAUCGCUCCACGACGGAACAUUUUUCUUCUCCCAUGCCGCUUUCAGGCGAUUUUUUCAAUUGCCCUUCGAAUUCCCCUCAUCACGGCGUGGGCGGGUCGAGUGCUGCCUCUUUUGGUUUAUGGGGUGUAGUGCAGGUGCGGCCCUCCAGCUCCCAGGAAAAGGGGAGCAUGGAAGGCUACGACGCCAACACCGACUCUAGGGACUUGCGCUUUGACGAUGAUGAGCGUGAGGUUGAGAAGUACAACACCACACUGCGUCCAAAUGAGGUGAAUGCAUCGAUGGACCAAGUAGGGUUUAACGACUUGAGCAUGGAAGAAAUGAGGGAGGGACAGCAGGUUGCUUCCAAGGCUUCUCCAGGGGUAUCGCCAAGAUCUGCGAGUGAGGGCUUUUUUGACCCUGAAGGGACAUGCGAUUAUCCGACCACGAUGGCUUCACGAAAAACAUCCCAGGGAAAUCCGACGCACCCACAGGAGUUAAAUCAGGCGACGAAUGCACAACAACCGAUUGAUUGGAAUCUAUUGGAACAAAUGAUGAUGAUGGAUCCGUUUAAAGAAGUAAUGUGCCCUCCUUCUUGUACUUUCUCUGUGUACGAUGCGGAAAUUCAAAAUCAUUACAACAUUGAUAGCACACAAAUCGUGGCGACGCAUGGGUCGGUGGAAUAUUUAAAAAUGAAUGAGGCUCGAGGAGCACAAUCGAGAUUUCGGUUUCAAUUAUGUAAGCGGUACUUAAAUAAGCGUUGUACACGAGGGGCGAAUUGUCAGUAUAUCCAUACCCAUUUGGUACCUCCCCCAACGUCGGUACAUGUAAAUGAGAAUGUCAUUAGUGCCGCGGUGGUAGAAGGACUUGAAAUGCCACCGGAAGUUUUGCGUGGAGGAAAUAAUAAACACGGUUAUCCAACGAUGCCAUCUGGGGUUAUUUUUCGUGUAUUUCCACCAAAUCAAGGGAAAAGUGUACCGCAACUAAUUCCAUCGGAGAUGAUUCUUCGCACCGCGGGUGCGUCGAAUGUAUACAGUGUAUUUGCUUACCCUGGAACCGGUAAGGCAAGGGAUAUGCUUACUACUGAGACUGCUGACACAUCUGGUAGCGAGAGUGGAAACUUGACUAACGUCAAGGCGCGUCACUGUGCUCAUUUUCAGUUUAAUAAAAUGUGUAAUUUGGGAGAAUCAUGCAAUUUUAUUCAUUCUUUGGUUCCAUAUGUGCAGCGACUUUCUAUGUCUUCACAAGGUCCACUUUAUAAUUCAAUAGUGACACAACGUCCUCUUUUGAUGCCUUCUACCUCUAUGGCGCAUUUCAGUCGAUUUUCUAAUGGAAAUAACAACAAUGGAGUUGUCUCCUCAUAUCCAAUGGAGUUUAUGCAGCCCUCAAUGUUCCAUGUACCACCUCAGACACAACAGCAACCACAACAACAAAAGCAACAAAAACAACAAAAACAACUGCACCAGCAACCGCAACAUGCCAUGCCACCAACGACCGUGUCACACUUAAUACCAUCUCCCCAACCAAGUGAGCAUCUCAUGUACCAAAGCAACAUGUCUAUGAUGUCGUUGCCAAUGUACAUGUCAUCUCCCGUUUCAUCGACAUGGGACGGUGUUCGGUACGGUGCAAACUACCAAUGA